CGUCAGGUGACCACACGGGAAAUUUCUUAACGAAAGUCCGAACUGAGCCAUGUCCCCGACCAGUGAUCCAGACGGCGCUCGCACGGUGUAUGACAGCGCCUAAAGCUUUCCUGGGAGCAGUAGCGGUGCUUGCAGCGGUCCUUCGGCGGGCUUGUCCGUGGAUUGAGUCUCCAGAAGCGGUUCAGACAGGAUGCUAGCCACAGUGACUGCUGUGCUUGGAUUUGCUCAGAACAAUGAAAGCGUCACACCUACGCCGUUGGAAAACACGUCGUCUUUCCCAACGUGGCAGCCGGACGCUGCCGCCAACAUCACCAAGCCUCACAAAUGUCUGCAGGUUCUCUAUGAGGACGUCGGAGACUCCAGAGUGCGGUUCUGGGACCUUUUGUUGCUCGUGCCUAAUGUGGCCUUCUUGAUGUUCCUGAUGUGGAAGCUGCCUUCAGCCAGAGCAAAGAUCCGACUCACCUCCAGCCCCAUCUUCGUCACCUUUUACUUGCUGGUUUUUGUCGUAGCCGCAGUUGGGAUCACCAGAGCAAUCGUGUCUAUGACCGUCAGCGCUUCCAGUGCUGCCACCAUCGUCGACAAAGUGCUGUGGGAAAUCACACGCUUCUUCUUACUGGCUAUUGAGCUCAGCGUCAUCAUCCUGGGACUGGCUUUUGGUCACCUGGAGAGUAAAUCCAGUAUAAAGCGUGUGCUGGCCAUUACUGCCGUGUUGGCCCUGGGCUAUUCCAUCACGCAGGGCACGUUGGAGAUCCUGUAUCCAGACAGCCACCUGUCCGCCGAAGACUUCAACAUCUACGGUCAUGGAGGACGCCACUUCUGGUUGGCCAGUUCCUGCUUCUUCUUCCUGGUGUACUCUUUGAUUGUGAUCUUGCCUAAAACUCCAGUGAGGGAACGGAUAUCUCUGCCCUCAAAGAGGAGUUUCUAUGUGUACGCUGCCAUCCUGUCCUUACUGAACCUGGUCCAGGGCCUGGGCAGCGCUCUGCUGUGUGCUGGAGUGAUCGAGGGACUCUGCUGUGUGGACGUCACCACCUUCCUCUACUUCUCAGCCUUCGCUCCACUCAUUUAUGUAACAUUCCUCAAGGGCUUCUUCGGCUCAGAACCCAAGAUCCUCUUCUCCUACAAGUCCCAGAUGGAUGAGCCGGACGAAAGCGACGUCCACCUCCCCCCGACGAUCGCCGCCAGCCUGGCCCGCAAGGAGAUGACCGACCAGGGCCUGUACUACUCCUCCACCCAGAUCGACGGCCCCGGCAGCUCGCGCGUCGUCGGAGCGUACCUGGACGACGUCGUCUCCGGACCCUAUGGGUCCAGCAGCAUCAACAGCCUCGAAGCGGACCGCUGGAGACCCAUCAACGUGUGACGGCCUGAUUUGUGGUGCGUCCGAGGAGCAAGGCCAGGAGGACGCGCGGAAACAAGGCUGUUGGACUUUCAGAAAGUGGUAGUUUUUUGCUUUGAUGUCAGAAUGCGUUAUUUAACCAGAGGGAUCCUAAAGGAGGCACCUGAUGAGCCGGAGGAAACUGCUUUUCUAACACGGUUGCCAGAGUGCACUGCUGCUGUCGCCGCCUCUCUCUGCGGCCCAGACCGUCUCCGUAUUGAUUCUGUUCCACAGCCUUCUUUGAGACGGGAGGGGGGAGCUCACCGAGUUGCUUCAGCACAUUUUCUGUCAUUUCAGCGUCGAGAACCAACUGCUCAUUCCUCCCAGAUCCAUAUUCAACCACGUUUCAGGUCCUGAAGUGUGUAAAACCAGUCUUAACAUCGCUGCGAUGACUGUUUGUCCAUUCCCUGUCAAGGCUUUGUGCUCACGUCUCUCCCGUCUUUGUCAUAAGUUGCCUUGUGUUGGAUUUGUGACUGAGCUGGCUCGUCAGUUUUGAGGCAGACGCCGUCGCUGCAGUGAGGCGAGUGGUGACGGCCCGAUGCGUGUUGCUGCCGUAUAAUAGCAAAGCAGCUGCAAGGAUUGCUGCUUAAAUGUCAGAGAUUCCAUAUUGACUGUUGCACAAACUAUUAUUAGAUAGCAAACUUUUCAUCUCUGCUUUUCAUUUUGAUCUUUUUUUUUUUUUUUUUUUUUUUUUUUACCAAACUAAUCAUUCCGGCCUCAGAAAACAAAUUCUCCAGCUCCAUAGACAUGAACCAAUGUCUGUGCUUAAUUCAAGUGUGUCUAAAUCUUUUUGUGUAUUUCAGUUCAAAUGGACUUUAUAAUGACUUUGCUUGCUGUUGUUUUGAUGUGCUGAGCUUUUCCAGAUGUCACAUGUUGUGGGAAAUAUGAUUUGAAAUUGUGGUAUUUGCACAGUUUGGAAACUACUGGACAAAUCUCCUUUUUUACCCCCUUUUUUUUUUUGCUUUCUUUUUCUUUGCCUUUGCUCAGUACCUGUUACGCCUCCUAGUAUUACAGUGGCGGAAGCCUCAGACCAGCUCAUGCUGUAUUCGCUUCAUCUCACCAUGACAGUGUAACGUAGGAGUGAAUUACUGUACCGGUGUCAGCAGUAUUCAUGAGUGGUAGUGAGCUGUAACCAGGAAAUAUGCGGCUACAUUUAUUUUCUCCGAAUUUCAAAAGCAGCAAUGCAUUCAACACGGUGUGUGUGUCUCUCUCCAAAGAGUUUCUAGCAUUUUCUCCACUCUGGUAAACCCGGUAUGAAAAUGUCAGUGCUGUUGAACGUUGUAGUAUUACUGAGAUGUCCCAUUUUUCUCUUCAGUUUCCCGACCGGAGCUCAUUUGAGGUGUUAGGAUAUUAUUCCAUUCUCCACAACUGAUGUUUGAGUUCUCCUCUUAUUUAAGAGCAGUGAUUGUACAGUGUUCUGCUCAUAUUAAUGCAGCGUGUCGAGCAUUCCAUGAACU